GGUUUAGGUUGAUUUGCUGCCCAUAUACAUUGCAAGUCAACAGACUAUAAAACAUCCAUCAGAAGUGAAUUGGAUCCGUCAAAAUUGGAUCUUGUGAACAAGCCUUUACAUGAGAUUUUUUACCCUGACACUAAUUUGUGGAACAAUGACUAAUGAAAAUGGUUUGAUUAACUUUGUUAUAAUUCCAUACAACGAAUUGUUGGUGUUUAAUCACUUUGUAUUUUAUAUAGAGAAAUCAUUACGUUCGUGAUGUCGUGUUUUAUGCCUGGUUGUCAUCACUCUGGCUCAUUGUCGGAUGUGAAAAUUUCCGACAGACAAAAUAUUUUAUGCUUCGUUGUCCACCGACAAUAAAAAUUUCUGUCUGUCUGCUAGUGAUGAAAACCACGCGUUAAUUUAUUAUUCAAUCCUGCUCGAAAUUUGUAAGGAAAUAAAUUCUUGGAAUUUGAAAACUAACUGCUGCCAAGUUUAUGAAGAUUCUAACAGCCCCAGAGCGCAGUAUGGCUCGCAAAAAAUCAGACACUUUAACAAAACAACAUAGUAAUAAGUCAGUAUCUUCUCGUAACGGCAUCGAGGGAGAAAAAUCUGAUACUAAACGAGAUUUGAUGACCCGUUAGUUUUACGAAGCUAAUAAACGUCGUAUAUAUUCUGCCUUUGACGUCACUAAGAGCAACAGUUAAUGUACGAAGAGAGAUGAUGUAUUGCGAGUUGCGACUUGUUCCGAUCGAUCAGGUCGCAAUGAUGUAACCGUGACAGCAAAAUAUGAAAUAUGGACGCCAUCGACACGGAAGGAAAGACCGUAUCUAACAGGUUAAACAGAGAUAAAAGAUUGCCUGUCAGUACCUUGUCAAAAUUGGAGGAACUUGUCACAUGUGCUGUGUGCUAUAAACUGUUGGACAACCCGAAGGUCUUUCCAUGUCUUCAUUCGUAUUGUUAUAAUUGUAUCGUCAGGCUUGCAAAACGUAAACCUGGUUUGGUGUGCCCAGAAUGUUGUGUGCCUGUGGAGAUCGGUUACCCACCAGAUCUCUCGAAGCUGCCAACCAAUUUCUUUGCAAACAACGUUUUGGCGACUUUAAGUUUAGAAGAGAACAGUGAAGCCCCGGACUUAAUAUGCGACAACUGUGAACUGUCUGAACAUCCUGUAGAAAAACGCUGUCAAGAUUGCACACGCUUUCUGUGUGCUGACUGCGCCGAAUUUCACCAAAGAUCCUGUGACACAAGAAGCCAUGUCCUUUUAUCAAAAGACAAGUUGAAGGACAACAAACCAGCCGAGAACGCGCGAGCUCUGAGGUGCAGUGUCCACCGCAAUGAAUUGAUGAAAUUUUACUGUCACACUUGCAAGGUGGCGAUUUGUAUCAACUGUACUGUUCUUGAACAUAAAGAGCACAAGAUUAAGUCGGUUGAAGAAAGCGCUGGGAAGGCAAAGGACGAAGUGAAGAAGUUGGUUUGGAAAGUUGAAGAAAGGAUGGAAACGAUCUCGGCAGGAAUCCGAAGGGCAGUUGAGAAAAAGCAAGAUAUAGAAGACAGAGAAAAUGCCUGCAAUGUUCAAAUUGAAGCCUAUUUCGCGCAGCUGCACAAAGAAAUUGAAGCACAAAAGUUGAACCUAAUGCUGAUCUCCGCUUCAGCUGCAGAUAACCAAAAGAAGCAGGUCGAAGCGUCAAAGAAACAGCUCGAUCUUGCGCUAUCAACUUGUCAAAAUGGCGUCAAUUUUGCUACACACACCUUGGAAAACAGUAGUGACGUGCAACUGUUGGGAAUAAAACAGAACAUAACAUUGCAUCUGAGUAAUUUGACAGGCAUCCAGGACGAAGUCGCAUUAAACGUGGGGAAUUCAGUUUGCUUGUUGAAGCAGGAAACGCCUAUAUCUCUGCUCUGUGAACAACUGAUCACGAAUGUUUGUUCUGUAGAAGAAGUGAAACUGUGUGCCGAAAGAUGUGAAGCAAAGUUGACAGAUCCGUUGCUGAAAGUUGGAAAGAAGUCCGUUAUUAUCAUAACAAGCAAAGAUAGCGACGGUCGUAUUAUAAGCUCUAGCUGUGGAGAUGAUCUGGUCGAACCAAACUUCUUUGGCGUGUCGCUUCAAGACAUCCUAAACACGGGAAACUCAGAUGGAACACACCAGAUUUCAUUUGUUGUCAAAGAGCUCGGGACGCUUAAUUUCGAAGCAAAGAUUAACGGCUAUUCCGCCCCGGGUUGUUCAGUGAAUGCAGACGUGAAUUGGGAGAUGGACUACAAACAUGGCUGUGGCUACUUGCGAAUGAGCAAUGGGCAGAUCGUCAAUUGUAUGUCAGGAGAGGGUAAUGUUGGGAGGUUUUGUUUUAGGUUGGGGGACACACCCAUGACCGCAGGCGUACAUCACUGGAAAGUUGAAGUCGGCCAUGAAGUACAAGAUGUUUCGGAAUGCUUCCAAGAGGGGCCUACGAUUGAAGUUGGCGUCAUUGAAAAAGACGAAGAUUAUUCCGAAACCCGUGUCACGAAUGGAACGAUAAAGAAAUGGAUCUACUCUGGACUUGGGAAAAAUAUCGCCAAUGUCUUCCUAAAUCUGGACAUGGGGAGAAAGUGUUUGGAUAUCGAGGUUUUGCCCAGAGGAAGAUUUUCGCUCUCAAGAGCAUUCUCCCAUCGACGAAAGACUUUCAAUGUGAAUGCAAAUUCUGUUCUUCCAUUCUUCGCAGUGAAUUGCCCGCACUGUAGUCUGACAUUUUUUAUGAUAAACCGAUAAACAGAUUCUGAAUUGAUCGCAUAAUCAGGCUAAAUCAGCGCGUAUUUCAGCAGAUGAGAAAGAAGAAGUAUAGUAAUAAUAUAUCUCUUUAGCCGGAAAGAUGAUAAUUAUAAGAUGAUAAAAAGUGAUAUCGAGGGGUAAUUUGUGCAAAUACAUGCCGUUCAUUUGCCGGCAUCUGGGCUUUUCAAAGAAAUUUUGUGAAGCCUUUCCCAUACGCAAUAUUUGCAUCUAUUGUCUUGGGUUAUUUAAUGCAAUUUCAAAGUUCGCGCGCAUCACCGAUUGCACUUUAGCGAAGCGAAUCAGCCUGUAUUGUCUUUUAUAUAACAAUCUUAAUUUUAUUGAUAUAACUUUCAUUAUAUUUUGAGAUCUCUUGCAGAGUGUUUUAUCAUUUUGUUGUUCUUAGGAAAUCCUUGGUUUCCCUAGUCUACUUACCAUAGAUAUUGUCUUAUAGAAAAGACAUCGAUUUUCAUUCAUAAAUGAAAUGAUGCGAACGAUCUUUUGCCGUCGGAGUGUUUCUUUUCAGGCUUGAUUUGGACUAUAGCCAUUGUGAUACAAGGCAGCGGUAUUUAGAUACGAAGGACACC